GAACGAGGACGUCAUUAACACUGUAAGCAUCAAAGGGGGGCCUGGCUUACAAUCCAAUCAACGUCAACCUGACUUCCUCGAUACUAACUCCAGUCCUGAAAUGCAUAAAGCCUCACACGCGAACCCGACCUGACCGCCAAGAUCGAGAACAGCACAGCUGCAUUGACGUGGACAGGUGCCAGCGCUGUCGGCACUGUCAGUAUCUAAGCACAUCAAACUUCUUGGUCAGUUUGGAUUAGAAAGAUCAGUAAAAUCAGUAACCUUCCAACUGACAUCAGAGAUCAUCAAAAGGCCGGUCUGGUGUCCAGGAGCAUAUAUAAAGCCGUUCCUCACCCAUCUUACCCAUCUCCUUCUACUUCCUCUCAGAUCCUUCAUAGCACCCCACCUCCUUACAUCUAACCAUGACCCUUAAAAUCUACGGUAUCCCCUUGUCGACCUGUGUCCGACGUGUCGCUGUUGUCUGCAAGGAGAAGAACGUCCCAUACGAGGUCGUCCCCGUCGACUUAUCCAAAGCCGAGCACAAAUCUGCCAGUUACCUUGAGAAGCAGCCUUUCGGCCAAGUCCCUUACAUCGACGACGAUGGCUUCGUCCUUUACGAAUCGCGCGCAAUCGGGACCUACAUCACCAGGAAAUACGCAUCGCAGGGUACCCAGGACUUGAUCCCCACCAGUAACGACCCUGAAGUUUUGGCUAUUUACGAGCGAGGUCUUUCCAUCGAAACCUCUCAAUUCGACCCCUCCACAUCCGGUUUGGCAUGGGAGAACGUUUUCAAGAAGAUGUACGGAGUAGAGACCGACAAGGCCCGAGUUGAGGAGUUGCUCACCACAUUGAAUGGAAAAUUGGAUGGUUACGAGAGGAUUCUCAGCAAACAGAAGUACAUCGCUGGUGAUCACGUCACUCUCGCCGACCUGUUCCACUUGCCUUACGGUAGCAUGCUCGGAUACCAAGGAAACGAUAUCUUGGAGUCUGAGACGAGGCCCAACGUUGCAAGGUGGUGGAAGGACAUUUCCUCGAGGCCCUCCUGGGAGGCCGUGAAGAACGGCGCAUAAAAGCCGUACUCACUUGUGUACAAAUACGUCUUAGGGGGAGGCCACCAGGCAAAGAGUAGCAGUCAUUGUAAAUUGUACAUUCUCUUGUACUGUUUUGUUCCCGCGGUGCAGCAAUAGAGUUCUUGAAGGAAAAAAG